CCGCACCCCUUCGGGACCCCCCCUCCGCACACUCCCCCCCGGGACCCACCGACACCGCCCGCACGGGGCUCCGCCUCCGGGCAGCGGGACACCGGGGCCGCCACGUCCGAGCACGGGAGCCGUCCCGCCGCGCACGGUGGAGCGGGACACCGGGAGCCAUCCAAGCGGGACCCGAGCGUAUCCAGUCACCGGGAGCCGUCCAGGCAGCAGGGGACCAGCAGCUCCGGACACGAGGAGCCGUUGCGGCAGCACCGGGCACGGCAGAGUCGGGCAGGAGGAGCGGCCGGCUGGGCACCGGGCACAGUAAACCCGGGGCGCAGCAGCUCGGGGCACCAUGGGCCGCCCCAGCGUGCUGCCUGCCCUGGCCUGGCUGCUGGUGGGGCUGAGCUUGCCGGCGCCGUGCUGCAGCCAACUGCACGGUGAGAAGGGCAUCUCCAUCCCCGACCACGGCUUCUGCCAACCCAUCUCCAUCCCACUCUGCACCGACAUUGCCUACAACCAGACCAUCAUGCCCAACCUGCUGGGUCACACCAACCAGGAGGACGCGGGGCUGGAGGUCCACCAGUUCUAUCCUUUGGUGAAGGUGCAGUGCUCGUUGGAACUCAAGUUCUUCCUGUGCUCCAUGUACGCACCGGUGUGCACGGUGCUGGAGCAGGCCAUUCCUCCAUGCCGCUCCAUCUGCGAGCGCGCUCGCCAGGGCUGUGAGGCCCUCAUGAAUAAAUUUGGGUUCCAAUGGCCGGAGCGGUUACGCUGUGAGAACUUUCCCCGGCACGGAGCUGAGCAGAUCUGCGUGGGGCAGAACCAUUCUGAGGAUGGCGGCUCACCGACACUGCUCACCAGUGCCACCCCCUUGGCUGGCCAGGGCACUCCAGGAGCCCCUCGUUACGCCACCCUCGAUCACCCCUUCCACUGCCCGCGGGCGCUGAAGGUGCCCAGCUACCUCAACUACAAGUUCUUGGGUGAGAAGGACUGUGCAGCACCCUGUGAGCCCACCCGUCCCGAUGGCCACAUGUUCUUCAAUGAGGAUGAGAUCCGUUUUGCCCGUAUCUGGAUCCUCAUCUGGUCCGUCUUGUGUUGUGCCUCCACCUUCUUCACUGUCACCACCUACCUGGUGGACAUGCAGCGUUUCCGCUACCCUGAGCGACCCAUCAUCUUCCUCUCAGGGUGCUACACCAUGGUGUCAGUGGCCUACAUCGCUGGCUUUGUGUUGGAGGAAAGGGUGGUCUGCAACGAGCGAUUCCAGGAGGAUGGCUACCGUACGGUGGUACAGGGCACCAAGAAGGAAGGCUGCACCAUCCUCUUCAUGAUGCUCUACUUCUUCAGCAUGGCCAGCUCGAUCUGGUGGGUCAUCCUCUCCCUCACCUGGUUCCUGGCUGCUGGCAUGAAGUGGGGCCACGAGGCCAUCGAGGCCAACUCCCAGUACUUCCACUUGGCCGCCUGGGCCGUCCCGGCUGUCAAGACCAUUACCAUCCUGGCCAUGGGGCAGAUCGAUGGGGACCUGCUGAGCGGCGUCUGCUUCGUGGGCCUCAACAACAUUGACCCUCUCCGGGGCUUUGUGUUGGCCCCACUCUUUGUCUACCUCUUCAUCGGUACCUCCUUCCUCCUGGCCGGCUUCGUCUCCCUCUUCCGCAUCCGCACCAUCAUGAAACACGGAGGGACCAAAACAGAGAAGCUGGAGCGGUUGAUGGUUCGCAUCGGGGUCUUCAGCGUCCUCUACACGGUCCCGGCCACCAUCGUCAUCGCGUGUUACUUCUAUGAGCAGGCUUUCCGCGAGCACUGGGAGCGCAGCUGGAUCAGCCAGAACUGCAAGAGCUUGGCCAUCCCCUGCCCGCUCCACUUCACCCCCCGCAUGACCCCUGACUUCACCGUCUACAUGAUCAAGUAUCUCAUGACUCUCAUCGUGGGCAUCACCUCCGGCUUUUGGAUAUGGUCGGGUAAAACCCUGCACUCGUGGAGGAAGUUCUACACGCGGCUCACCAACAGCAAGCAGGGCGAGACCACGGUGUGACCCCCGGUGCUCGGCCACCUCUGCUGCCCUUCGCUUUUCAUUGGGGUUUUUUGGGGGGGUUAUUAUAUAUUUUUUAGGUUAUUAACGUCUGAGGGGUGUCUCUUUCUCUUUGAUUUUUGUUUUGUAAUUAAACCUGUAAAUAGCAUUUGUAAAAUUAAUGAUAUAUUUCUAUUUAAA